AUGACCUCCUGGCUUCGCCGAUUGUCGAGGGAUCGCUCAUCCAAAGAUCACGGCGAUCUCCCCAUGCCUUCGCGCCCGAUGCCGCACAAUGUAGACAGUUCCCCUACACAACCUUACAAAGAUACCCAAUACUCUUCAGACUUUAAUUCUCAGGACAAAUUGCAGACAUAUCGACCAGCUACUGCAGGCGAACCAUCUUACAGCCAAAUGCAUCCAGCUCCGUUGCAAACAACUCACGAUCCAGAACCAAGAGGCCGCAGCAUGGACCCGGCGCCAGACCCCUUGACCAAAGCCUUCAAUGACGCAAUCCGGCCUUACAAAGAGGAGAUAGAAGACCUCCGCGGGCAGGUGGAAGACGCUGCCUAUCGUCUACAAACACUGGAGGACGAGCGCGCAGACAUGCACGCGUGGAUCGACAAACGUGGUCUCCGCGCCGACGUGCCUCCCUCGAUCUCUUCAGCAAUGAACGUUGACCCUGCCGCUGCCGCUACGCUCAACUACCAACUCGACCGCAAAAUGACCGUUUUGAACCAUGACCUACACCGAUUGCAGGAUUCCGUCUCGACUCACCUUCCUACCGCAACAUUUGCUUCUACACUGGCGCAAUUGAUCCCACCAGUUGAGGAGCUCUCGCGCCUGCCCGGCGGCUCCCCGCUUGCUUUUGAGCUCCUUAUCAAGCUCGGCGGCAAUUUGAACUCGCAUGGCGGAGAUGAAGGCUGGAACAACGACGCAGACUCUGCAUCGCGCGCAGACUUCUACGCACGAUUGGAUGAAUGCAUGAUGGACGUGGUUAAGAUGCGGUUGAAGGAUUCUGACAGCGCAACUGGGAAUGGUGGCGUAGGGGGCACACAUCCCGAGGACGCUCCUCAUGUGCAAAAUGGAGGAGUAUCACAAGGAGAGAACUGGCAAGUUGGGAGAGACAUUAAGCGAUUGGAGAAGACAGGCCAAUUUCUAAGGAGUAAAUUAGGAUUGAGGGAGUACUUUCCCAGAAGCUUAGAGAUCAUGAGGCGCGGCGAGGGAGCGAGAAUGGAGAGGAGCUUGCCCUUGCAGGGGCGUGCGUAA